CGUCUCUCUCUCUUUAUCUUCUCAAAGCGUCACCACGAAACUCGCUUCCUGUUUUCCCAAUGCUUCAUAGCCGCCGCCACCAAUUGCAUGGGUAGGUUCAUCGAUGCCCCCAUGUAUGGAUACGUUCGCUACCAUCGUCCUAAUUAUGAUCCAACAUCAUCAUCAUGACCAUCAGCGGUGUCAUCGGUAUAUUUGAGAUGUGCAUCUAAGAGGGUGCAUAUUCAGGAGGUUCCGUUCUGGCCCUUCUUUGUCAGGAGAGGAUCAAAUCAACUCCCAGGAAACCGAAAGAGGAGGAUGGGUCUGUUCAGAAAGAUCGCUAGUCUCUUCGGGAUCAUCAGAGACGAUGGCCAUGAUCGGGAUGGUGGCGGUGGUCGUCGUCAUCACGACCCUGAUGGCGUCAAUCCGAAUGUUGGCGUGAAUGCUAGGUCAAACGGAGGGUUCGGCGUCAAGGUGCCCGUAACAGUGGAGAGGGCCUAUCAGGGACCCGUCAUCACUCAGUGCGAUCAUGGAGAAGGCGGAGUUCAGUUUUCAAUGCUACCGGACGAACUACUAACACAAGGCAACAUGCAGGGCUUUAGAUGGUAUGCUAAGCGGCUACGGAUUGACGAAGAUGGAGACGUAGCAGAGGAGUUCUUGGAGGAAGUCUUGCCCGAAAGUUCAUCUCAGGCAGCCAUGGACAGCACGCCUUCAAAAUCACAAUCACAAUCCAGGUUCAUUGUCCGGCGCUCAAGCCGGCCAGCCAGAGUAAAGAGACAGGCAAUUGUUCAAGAUGGAAACAUACUUCAAUGUGUAGACUUUAACGGGACAUUGAUAUGGGUGUAAAACACUUAUUUGUUUUUUUAGUGACAUUUCCAUUAUCGUA